AUGCUUCAGCACAUCAAUUUCAGAAUGCGGUGCACAUUGCAAGAUGGCCGCAGUUUUAUAGGAACUUUUUUAGCUUUCGACAAGCACAUGAAUAUCAUUUUAGGAGACUGCGACGAGUUUAGAAAGAUCAAGCCAAAGAGUAGCAAGGCACCAGAGCGUGAGGAAAAAAGAAUUCUUGGUUUGGUUUUGCUCCGAGGAGAACAUCUUGUUUCUUUGACUGUUGAAGGACCUCCUGCUAGUGAUGUAAGUCCUAUUUAUCAGCAUUAUUUGCUGUUUUCACCUGAUACUCUGUGACACUAAGCUGCCACUUAGUAGUAGCAAGCAAUUAUGCUUCUCUGCCAACUUCUCGGAGUAGAAAAGUGUAAACUACCAAGUUUUGAACGCCAGAGAUAAGCUUAUGAAAGACCCCUGUACUCUCUCUUGAGCAUGUAGUAGUUGUCUUUCAUCCUGUUCCUUCAUAAAAAGACAGUAAAUAUGAAUAGCGUUUGAGUAAGAUGACGUUGCAGAUUAGGUGUAGAGGGGCUAUGGAAAUUUUACUUGCUUUUAAAAUAACCAUCUCUAUUUGAAGCUGGCGUUUUAGGUUGGUUUCUGCAUCAUCACUGCAGUUGCUGAAAUCAGUCCAGCCAUUGUAUCAGUCUCAACAAUCACAGUGAGACUAGCAAUCAGGCCCCAGUUGUUCAAAUGUUGGAUAGCACUAUCCACCGGAUAAAUCACUAUCUAGUGGAUAAGUAUUUGGGAAACCAAUAAUAUUGCGCUAUCCACUGGUUAGAGAUUUAUCUAUUGGAUAGGGCUAUCCACCUUUUGAACAACUGGGGCCAAAUGGAAAGCAGCCUUGAGAUACUGUUGAACCCCAAUAAAUAAAGCCCCUACUGGUAGGGCUGCAAUGAUGCAUUUCGCCAUGAAACGAUACAAGGGCCAUGUGUUACUGACCGAGCAUGAGUUCAAGACAGCUGGAUACCCGUCAAGUUGUUUUGUUGCGUUUUGUGGCCCAAGACAAAGUCGAGGUCAGUUAAAUUGCAAAAAAGAACUAGGCCAAUAUUCAGCCAUCUUGACCAAACAAGUGUGGUCCAUAAAGAAUUUUUUUAUUUAUGUGGGAAAUCCCAAACAGACAAGAUGGACCCAUCUUGCCCACUCAGGUAGCCAAUCCGAAGAAAGGUUUGACUAAAUCUUGCCUGCUUGCGGAUGUGGCCAUAUAAUGAGAUACAUUACUGUGCAGGACUAGACUAGUUUUCAUUCCUUGUGAGGGCGUAAGUCUUUACAGCUUUCAAGUGACAAAUUGAUUUUAGUAAGGGUGCAGUUGUUUCCCCUCUUAAAUAAAAUGAAAAGUAUGCGUAGCAGGGAUGGUUGGCUCUUUCGUUAGUUUUCAUGAUGAGUUGCCUGAGGAUGGGUAAAAUGUAGAGCUUGAGUGAGGGAAAUUUAAGACAGAGACAGAGAUUUCAUAAAUUUGUUGAUGUAGCUUAUCUUAUUGUAUUUUUCUAUACUUAUAGCAUGUUCAAUGUUCAUUGAAUCAGGGGUAUGUCAUGAAGGCCUGCUCCUAUACAUGUGUCUGUACCUGGGCCUAAUGUAUUCGUUGUUAUACCAGAGUGUUUGGUAUACAGGGGUUUAUGUAUGACUAUAGGUACAGGUGACUUCUGUGAUCAAUCACAUUGAUCAUGAAAGUUUUAAUGUUAGAUGGUUGCCAUGACCACUGAAUGUUUUUUUCAGCACUAGUAGUAAUUAUAUAUCCAGCCUUAAAAAAGGUUGUUUGGAUAAAUAGUCCUUUAGAUUGGCUCUUGCCUGUGAAGCAAACAAUAAUAUAUGGCUUUUGAACUAUUCGUAAUAUUGAGGCUACAGUAAUAUCAAUAGUGGUAUUUAAGAAAGUAGACACUUCACAGUUGGGGACGAACGAGCAAUUCCUUCAAAAGUUUUGCUUAUUUCUGUUAUUAUUUUGACAAGUAGAAAAAGACACUGGUCUGACUCAUUAUGACUUGUGUCUUACAGUCCAAAUCCAAGCUUCUUGGAUCUAAUGCUGCUCCAGGUACAGGAAUGGGUCGUGCUGCCGGUCGUGGAGUUCCUGCUCCAUUGGCACCUACAAUUGCUGCACCUCCAGGUAUGUGAUUUGUGUGUUGUUAAAGAUAUUUUCUUUGCUGUGUAUUUUGAUCAGACUUUACUCAAGUCCUGGAUGCUGUUGUUUAAUUUACCAUGUUUUGAUAUGUCCUUAUUGUCAAAAUGUUUAAUACACGUUAAAAUGAGUUGACUUUGACAGUGCUUUAAACUUGAACUUUUUAAAAAAACUUUUUAAAACUUUUUAAACUAGUAAUAACCAAAGGUUACGAAGUGCAGGCGACAAGGAUUGAAGGUUAAAACGCUUUUGCUCCAGCGCUGUGCAUUGCAUAAGUUUCACAUGACAGGUGGUCAAAACACGUGAUUAGAUGAUGAGUGAUCGAAGGUCCAAACAUAUGUGAUCAAAUCACACAUGUGUUAUGUGCAUUCCAUUCAUUCUUAGUGGAAGUUCAAAUGAAUGCUGGCUACAUACAUGCGACUCAUGCGUAAUAACAACCUGGAGAUUAGGAUUGCAGGUUCCUCUUGUCGCCCGUAAUUAGCAUUCGACUAGCCAUUGAAAGAUUUGUAUUGACUUUUGAUAAAGAGCAGUAAGCGAAUACCAAUUGACACUGCUGGAAAGAGGGCCUGAAAAUAGGGUAACUUAUCAACUCUGAAGUUGAUAUGUCCAAAUAGAGCAAAGGUAUUGCUCCACAAAGUCAUUUUACAGACGUUUGUAUGGCAGGGGCACGUAUGAACUUGCCCCCCCACCAUAUACAGUCCUGUACGUGUCUUUCUUAAACUCAUUAAUAAUUCAUAAAGAAAAUACAAGGGAAAUAUUAAUGUUCAAUGAGAGUUUAAAAAUCUGAUGAAAAACUGCUCAUUUUUGCAUCCUUAAUUUUUCCUUGUAAAAUUGUCUUGUUUAAGAAGUAAUAUCAAGCAUUUGACACAGUGUUUUAUCACCAGGUGAAACACCUCGAAGUUCAUCAAAAAUAUUGCGCUGCACGUCGUAUUUUCAACUCUUUUCUCAGUGUUUCAUCUGGUGAUGAAACACUGCAUCUCAUGCUUUAUAUAUUAUGUAAAAUUCUGUGACUUUGCAGAGCCAUAUUUUCAUUAGUUUUUCAAACUUAAUGGAUUUUUGUUUUCUGGUCCCAGUCAAAAGCUGAAAAAACCAUUUAUUAAGAGCCUGUAAUGUACAUAGGUAAUUGAUGAGUUAACCAAUGAUAUUAUGUUUUCAGGACUUGCUGGGCCUGUUAGAGGUGUUGGUGGACCAGCAGCUCAGUUGAUGACGCCACAAGGAAGAGGAGCACCUGGUGGUAUGUACAUUCACUGAGGAGGCCCUGUUACAACCCUCAAGUUACGACCAUUUUGGUCACCAUGGCACCUCCGUAAACCAAAAGAGUUGGUUGCCAAAUGGUGACCAAGCAAAAACUUUAACUUGGAGGGUUGUGUUAGGGUGAAGUUGCGAUAGACGAAAAGGCCUUGAAGUGGCAUGAUGAGUUAAAACAGUGACAUAGACAAAGACAAGCACCAAACAAUAGUAAAAUGCUGACAGGGACAUGGCUCCCUCCUCAGUACUUGAAAUGAGUGGUUUUGAAAUUAAGACAAGAGACAUGGGUACCAGCCCCAAGAGGGCCUCUUUGGUGGAAUGACUUGUAUUUUAAUUUAGCUUGUUUCAGUCUUGAUUUAUAACCUUAGAAAGAAAGUAAGAAAAAAAUACAUAUUGGUUUAUUUUUAUGCAUUAACCUGUGUUUCUUACCCACUAUCCUUGCAGGUGGCCCACCUCAACAGGGACCACCAUCUGCAGGCCCAGGGGGCAUGCCUGGUCCCCCUGGGGUAAUGGGAGCUCCUACAAGAGGACCCCCUCCUCCCCGACCACCUCUUAUGCCACCAGGAGGUAUGUGUGCUGUGCAGUAACUUGUUAUUGUGUCUUAGUAAAAACUAGUUGCUGCUUGAGCAAAGCCUGUUUGAGAACUGGAAAACAGCUUCAUGUCUAUUUUGUAAUUUCACUUGCUUUUCCUUUGAGUAUUCUGAUAUUUCAUUUACACUUUCUUUCUUUCUUUCCAGGCUUAUUUUAAAGCAAAACUAUUUGAUUAUUUAAACCACUAGCAGACUAAACAAAUCCUUAGCAUUUAACGGAAGAUUUAUUUUGGUAUGUUUGACCUGUUUACUGUAGGUCCUCCACCAGGAAUGCCGAUGAGAGGUCCUCCCCCUGGAAUGCGUCCCCCAGAUAUGGGCCCCCCAGGCCGGGGUAUGCCCCCUGGUAUGCCACCCCCAGGCAUGAUGCCGCCAGGAAUGGGCCGUGGACCCCCUGGCAGAAUGCCACCUCCAGGACUCAUGGGAAGAGGUAGGAUUUCAAAGCUAUUGGUACUCGGACACUUUGAACUGUUUUGUCUUAAUGAACAAGAAGCACCAUAUUGAUGAGUAUAAGUAAACUCUCUCUAAGACGGACACCUUUGGGAGCGGCACUAAGUGUCCAUCUUAGAGAGGUGUCCGUCUUAUAGAGAGUCAAAUAAAAGGAGUAAAGAAAGGCAGGGACCAACUCUUAAGUGUCCGUUUUACAGAGGUGUCUGUCUUAUAGAGAGAGAGAGAGAGUCGACUGUAAUCCACAACUAUUAGAGCCUUCAUCUAGACAUGUCAUGUGACCUCUGAGAAUUGUCAGAAGCCAGGCAUGCAACACUUCAGGUCAAACAUCUAAUUGUGGCGAAGCUUUCUAGCCCCCUAUUAAGACUAGUUUUGUCUAGUAAAAUUGUCAACCCUUAGCUGUCCAAUCAGCCUUGUGUUCAACUUUAAGUAUAACUUUAGCAGUUAGGUUUGGCUUGAGUCCAUCACAUGCAUCCCCAUCCAGUGUCCUUUUCCCAUGAAAGCCUCGUUAUAUCAGACUACUUGACUUUUUAUAGAUUCAAUAUUUGCAUCAAGAAAGGUAAAACUAAAUAAAAACACAGCCCAGCAAAGAGGAUAAGGAUUUCUUCAACCAGAAAAUAGGGAUAAGUCAUGAGCCUCUCCAGAAGACUAACUCCUUUAUUGGAGUAUAAACUGAGACAAUAACUUUUGUGAAGGCAGUGAAUGUGCUGAAAAAAAACGAAAAUUUACAAGUCUAGCAUGCCAUCACACAUUAUUCAUCAUUAUAAGAGAUACGUUUAUGCUUCUGCUCAUUAAUAAAGCAAGGAAUUCAAAGGGCAUUUUCGUACUUUAAUUAAUGAUUUUCUGUUCCUCUAUAGGACCACCACCUGGCAUGAGGCCACCGCCCCGUUAA